ACUCUAUAUAUUUGAUUACUAAUUACAAAAAAUGAAUUAGCAAAAACGACAUAAUCAAUGAUCUGUUACCGCUUUUUUUUUCACUAAACGUGAUUGUUGUUUAAUUAAAGACUUAAAAUUCAUCUAUAUAUGUUCUUUCCGAACUAAUUGUUUUUAACCACAUCAUAUAUAAUACGAUUGAAAUCAACAAACUUGAUCUCAUUUGGGUCAAAAUCUUAUCAUGACGUAAAUUAAAGAAUUAAUGUGUCUAUGCUUAUUCAACUUACCGUUACAAUAUUAUUAUUAUAUAUACUAGCAGUUUCAUAUACGGAUGUUAUUACUAAAUCCAAAAGUCACACCAUGCUUGCUUUGUCAAGCUUUCUUAUCUUCAUUCACAUGCAUCUCCUCUCUCUUUCUAACAGCGUUGACUUUUGAUAAUCUCAAGAUGCUUCAGUUUACAUGUCUUAUAAUCAGAUAGCUGACCAAACAUCUCUAUUAUCUCUCUUCUUCCUCCUCCAAAUCCCAACAAACCGCAACCGCCCAUGAACACCUUCCAACCGCCUCCACCCCCGCCGAUUCCAGGCUACAACCACCUCCUAGGUACGGACGACAUAGGAGGAUUCAGAUACGGAAUUGGAGUCUCCAUAGGAGUGCUCCUCCUCAUCACCACAAUCACCCUCACCUCCUACUUCUGCACACGUAGACAGCUUUCUUCUUCACCUUCGCAAACAAGUCAAGACUCAACACGGGUUCACCACCAUCUCCACCACCAUGUCAUCAUCGACGUCGUCCCGGGUCUUGACGAGGACACCAUUCAAAGCUACCCGAAGCUCCUCUACUCCGAAGCAAAGGGAAGCUCAACGUCGUCGUGUUGUUCAAUAUGCUUAGGAGACUACAAGGGGAAUCAUCUGCUGCGGCAGCUACCAGAUUGUAACCAUCUCUUCCACCUCAAAUGUAUCGACACGUGGCUUAGACUCAAUCCUACAUGUCCUGUUUGUCGGACUUCGCCGUUUCCGACUCCUCUCCCCACUCCCGUCGCCGAGGUUGUCCCCUUAGCCUCCACCGUUGCCACCACUAGGAUGUCCUAAUUAUUUGCAUUUAUAGCUGAAUAAUCCUGAAACGAAGUCAAGCCUAAUCUUCGGGGUACUUUUCUUCUUGAAUUCUUGUUUAGUUCUUUGUAUAUUUUAUUUUUGGUCUCUAACUGAUCAUUGUACAUAUUCUUUGAAACCAAUGAUCUCUAAAUGAAAGGAAAAUAAGGGUAAGGUUCACAAUUUUUGAUGAAUAAACUGCUUUGAUUUUUUUGUCAAGUUGAAUUCUACAUACGUAGAAAGAGAUAAUAAUUUAAGUCGUGUUGAAAAUCGUGGAGAGGGACUUGAAAUAUGUUUAUUCAUUCUUGGAUUGAACUUUUGGUCUCUUGCCAUAUCAUUCAAAUAAAAAAAAUACUUGAGACGU